AUGCGUCGAAUAAAGAACACCCAGACGCGGAUGCUCUCGUGUGUGUCGUUUCUGUGCCUCUGUCUCGGUGCGAACGCGGCGUUUGCGCCGACGCGACGGCGAUUCGUCGAGUCGGUGAGAAAAAUUCACAGAAGUUCAUUCCACUCCAGAGGCAACUUCGACAUCUCGGCGAGUCCCGUGGUGUCCGCGACGUCACCGGACGCGGUGGCGAUAUCGGGCGGGGCCGUGAUGACGAUCAGAGGGGUGAAUUUCGAGCGUAAUUCGCGAUGUAAGUUUUUCGCGACGCCGGGCGGACGCGCGAGCGAAGCCGAGGCGACGAGAGUGACUUCGACCGAGUUGACGUGCGUUUUGCCGGACAUGCGAGACGCCGGGAACGUGCACGAUGAGGUUUACAUUCAAGUUUUCACGCGAAACAGCGAAUAUCACGCGUGGAGCGGGAUCGAGGGGAAUUUUCAGUGGUCGCGGACGAACUCGUUCGGCGUCGUCCAGGCGGACGCGAGCGCGCCGGGGUGUUACGGAUGUUACUCAACUUCCGCGCCCGCGAUCGCGUCGAGGGCGAGAGAAUCGUGGACGAUCGCGAAAGGAGAGAACACGGGGCCGGAGGACGGUGGGACGACGAUCUUGAUAAAAUCAACCGUCGCGAGCGGAAGCGGCGCGCGAACCGGGACGUUUUACCAAGGAUCGAGCCUGAAAUGCGGGGCGUUUUGCUCGACGUCGUCUCCGAGUGGGUGGGUGAAAUCGUUAACGGCCGCGAAGUGGAUCGCGAACGAUGAGAUCGAGUGCGUCACGCCGCCGUGGCCGGGGAAUGGGGUGACUUCUAGCACGGUGUCGCGCGCGUGUUUGAUUCGAGUGACAAACGACGGCGCGACGUUCGAUGAUUUAAUCUCGAGCGGUGGAGACGGAGAUGGGACGCAAACGUUAUUGACGAACGCGGCGAAGGUUGAUUUUACCUACGUCGCGAGCGGCACCGCACCGAGCGUGACGUCGGUGGCGUCGUCCAGGAUGCCGGCGACGUCUUCGCGGAGCGCGCGCGGUCCGUUCGCCGGCGGCGCCGUCGUCGUCGUUCGCGGGAGUAAUUUUUUAUCGAGCGUACAUUUGGGGUGCAAAUUUACUGGCGGAUCGAGCGGAUUCUCGGACGUCGUCGUUCCCGCGACGUACGUGAGCUCGACGGAGGUUCACUGCGUGUCGCCUCGGCGCGACGUGAGCGACGAAGACGCGUGGAAGGUGGAUUACGGUUCAGGCGCGCCGUGUUUCGACGCCGCGGUGCACGUGUCGAAUCAAAAAUCGCGAUCAAACGAGUGGAGCACGUCGUCGGGAACUUUCCAUUACUGCGACUUGUACGUCUCAUCGAGCGGAUCGCGAGACGGCGAUGGGACUCCGCUGAGACCGUUUUCGACGAUUUCAGACGCGGCGCUCAACUCGCUCGUCGAUCCAAUCGACCCUCAGGGACGCUUCGUCUUGACCGACGAGCACGGAUUUGGAGCGGCAACGACACGGAGCAUGUGGCUAAACACCGAUGUGGUGCGAUUGGAAACCGGGAUGUACUCGUCCAAAAUAUUGUUCGCGUCGAGCGACGACGACGCAGCGACGAGGAAACUCACCAUUCGCGGCGGCGACGCGGUCAUCGACUGCGAGGGCGACGACGCACCGAAUCUCGAGAUCGCGGGAUUCUAUGUGGAUGUGCAGUUCAUAAAUUGUGGGAAACAUGGCGAAGCGCUCGUCGAGCGAUGCGACAUCGUGCGGAAUAACGAUGGCGGCGAUGCGGGUGCAUCCUGCGCGUUCUCUCGCGUGUAG